AUGCCAAUACCAACCAAACAAGAAUGGAAGCAAAUUGCUGAACGAUUUUAUUCUGUGUGGAAUAUUCCGAAUUGCAUAGGGGCAGUUGACGGCAAACAUGUGCGCAUCGAAAAGUUGCCGAACAGUGGUUCAACCAACUUCAACUACAAAGGUUACCAUUCCAUCGUAUUAAUGGCUUGUUGUGACGCGGACGGAUUGUUUACAAUGAUUGAAUGUGGAUAUGCAGGAAGGAACAGCGAUGGAGGUAUAUUUCGUGCUUCAGCAAUUAAAUAUUGGUUGACGCACAGUGGACUUGAUAUUCCGUCACCUAGUCGGCUUCCGAAUGAUAUAAAUGAGUCUCUUUGCCCUUUUUACUUGGUUGGAGAUGAAGCGUUCCCAUUAUCCACUUAUCUAAUGAGACCAUAUUCAAAAAGAAUUCUUGAUAAUACAAAAAGAAUUUUCAAUUAUCGCUUAAGUCGUGGUCGAAAAACUAUAGAGUGCGCGUUUGGAAUGAUGUGCGAGAAAUUCCAGGUACUAAAUAGUCCAAUACGUUGCCGAGAUGUAGAGAAAAUUAAUGGCAUUAUAAAAAGUGUUUGUGUUCUUCACAAUUUCGUUAGAAAAAGAGAAGGUAUACAAUACCGGACUUCACAACAUGACGAAAAUGUCUCAGAUGGUGUCGCAGUUUCACCUUUACAAAACGAUAAUAUGCCAAAUAUCGAAAUAAAUAUUCGAUCUUCCGCAAAUGAUAUAAGAAAUUAUUUAGCAAACUACUUUAUUACCCCUCACGCUUCUCUUCCUUGGCAGUGGAAAUAUUGUAUUUGA